GUGGCAUCCGCCCAGGGUCUUUCGUGCUGCUGAGGUACGCGGGGGACACGACGUGGCACACAAGGCUGUUGAUACGGGAGGUGGAUUCGGAGACGAAGUGGUCGUUCAUCCUAACCCCGGACGAAGACUUGUACGUCGAGCGCCUGGAGGCGUCUGAUGAUGGGGACAUCUGCGCGGUGCGCGUGUGCGCUGCUGGCGGUACGACCCCGAUUGGAGUGCACCUUAGCAAGAUGUGCGGCUUCGACCCCCCUCCGGUCGAGGCGGACCUCGAGGGGCUGGUGUCCGAGACGGAGCCUUUGGUGGACAGCGAGCGCGGCCUGCUGGGCUUGCCGCCGCUGCCGUCCCCGCCGACGGGGGCGCUGGUGGCGCCCGCAGGUGGCACCGCCACGCCUCUGCUCGACCUGGGGGCCCUGCCAGGGCCCAGGCUUUCGACGCCGCCCGGCACCGUCUGGGUCUUCGCGGAGUCCGCCUACGGCCGCGAGAAGGGUGGACGCGCAGCUCUCAACGACACGGCCGUGGCCUCGGGUGACAGAAGGGCGCUGGAGCUGGAGCCAGGCGCCUCGAUCGCCAUUGCGCGCGUCGAGAUCGGCCGUGAGGAGGAGUUCAGAAAGGAACACACGACGAAUGAGAUGAGCAUGCUUGACACCGAGACGGAUGCCAGGGUCAUGCGGGUGAAGUACGCUGGAGGCUCGGGCAAACGGCACCGAGACUGGAAGGAGGUCCAGGACGGCAUCACAGAGGUGCCGCUGGUCGACCUGCCGAUCGAGGGGCCUCGGACGAGCAGCUGGUGCGUGCCGUUCCUCGGACGUGGUGCGCACGGCGGCACCCCCCUAGACCACCACAGGUGGUGGCGUCACGCUGCAAAGCUGAACGCCGGCGACUGGGGGGUCGCGGAGCACGAGUCGGUCAUGAAAGUACAGGCCCACGCAGGGUCGUAUGACCAGCUCGACCUCGCCAGCCUCGCCUGCAUCGAACACCUGUGCAGGCGCGCCCAGCUCAUCGAGUACUAUUACCGCGAGAAGACCAGGGACGCGGACCGCAACGCCCUCGGCAAGAACGCGCUGCCCUUCGACGAGCAGAAGAUGUUCAUGGAGCACGUGUCCAGGGAGCUGGAGAGGGGGGCCGCCAUCGCGAAGCAGGCGCGCAAGGCCCGCGCGGAGCGGGAGCUGGCGCGGCGACUGGGCGUGGCGCUGGGCGCGCGGGGCCUGACCACCCCCGUGCAGCUGUGCCGGUCAUCAGCCCUGGCGGUAGGGGGCGCCGCCCUCAUCGCCGGCGAGCUCGUGGCCAACAGGGUGAUUGACAUGGGUGAGCCGCCGAAGGGCCUCUCUUCUUCCGCCGCCUUCAACGAGGUGGUGAAGUCCGCCGACUACCACGGUGAGCGUGUGGACGUUGCUGCUAUCGAUCAUUGCCUCCUGUCUCUUCUUCCGGAGGGUCAUCGGCCUGUCCCACUGGCUGAACUCCCGGGGAAUGGGGGCGUGCUGGAGAUCGAGCGUUUUUGUAUGGAGCUUGUCUGGCCAAGUGAAGUUGCGGCCGAGAUCAAGGCUUCGCUCAACUUGAGGCGGCCCCACAUGGACCGCGGGCUCGCGCAGCGACCGCGCCUCUGCGCCAACCUCGUGGAGGCUUUGUUCAAGCGCGAGCUCAUCGACUUUGGCGCAGACGAGACGCCUCUGCCCACGGGGGCCGCCUUCUCGGAGAUCGGCCUCGAGGGCGAGGCCGAGGCGUGGUUCGCCGCGUUGGACCUGAAGGAUGCCUUCUACUACAUCGAGCUGCCCAGGCAGCUGCGCUGCUACUUCGGCCGGCCGAAGGUGUCCGUGAAGAAUCUGAACUUUCCGACGGACGUGCUCAGCCUGGCCGUGGACGGGUUCCUCCAGCCGAGGUUCGCCGCGAUGCCGAUGGGGUGGACGCACGCGCUCUACUGGGCGCAGCUCGCCCACUGUCGCAUCCUGACGCGGGCCUUCCCGGACUUCGACGUGGAGGGCUUCUUGACCGACAACAGGGCCGCCAACCUGCUGGUGGCCCGGGCAGCAGGUGCCUUCCGCGCGGCAGGGCUGCAGCCUCACGAGGAGGUCGCCGCUACCCAGGAGCUGGAGCUGCUCGGCUGGCAGCUGCGUGGAGGCAAGCAGGCUGGCGUUCAGGCCACAGACCGCCGCCGCUGGCGCCUGCGGCUGGCGCUGGAGCACGCGCUGACGCGGAACAAGUUCUCGGGUCAUGAGCUUCCGCAGCUCGUAGGCCAUUUCACUUUUUGUGCGCUAGUGCAGCGGCCGGCCCUCUCUUGCAUGAAUGCCGUCUAUUCCUUUUCUCAGAAAUUCCCAACUGAGUUCCACAAAGUGUGGCCGUCGGUGCGCCGGGAGCUGCGAUGGGCACGGGAUCUUCUGGCACUGCAGGUCAGGCCCUGGCGCCGCGAAUGGUCGAGCUGCGUCACUUGCACCGACGCCUCCGAGACAGGGCGAGGAGUGGUCGAUGCCCACCUCCCCGCCUCCGUCGUCAGAGAGCACGGGAAGUGGAAUGAGAGAUGGAGGUUCAAGAACGGAGGCGAGCGGGUCAGCGUUCGUGAAGCAGUAGGUUUUGCUUGUCCAGAUGCCUCGCCGCCAGAGCAGGAGAAAUGCGAAGCACCCCCUCCGUUGCAUGGCGCGGAGCCCCCGCCUUCGUCGCCUCGUACCUCGCCCUCACCUACGACCCCCAAGGGCUCCAAGCUGGACCGUCCGGAGAUCCUUGAGUUUCUCGAGCUAUUCGCCGAGAACGACAUGCAGGGGCCCGAGGACCAGUCGAAGCGGACGCACCGUCCCGGCUGGCCUGCGCUGACCGCCGCGACGAUGGUGAGGACCGCCUUCCAGAAAGAGUCGAAGGUGCUGGACAGGAAGUGGUCGCGCGUUGGUGCUCUGCCUGGGCGGGCGACUGCGGGCCUCAGCCGCGGCUCCGACCAGGGGGGCCUGCGCGCUUGGCGGCCCGCCAGCGGAAGCACAGUGUCCGCGCCAGCGUGCGAGGACCAGCUGCCCCGAGCUACGAGCGCCUUGAAGGGCGCCAGGAGGGGUGUGGGGCAAAGGCGCCCCGUCGUGAGGAUGGGCCGCACAGCCGCGCUGCGCCUGGCGGCCCGCGGAGACGAGAGAGGGGCCCGCAGGGUGGUCCUGGAGAUGCACGCCGUGGCGCCCAGCUCCAGGCUCCAGUGCUCCAAGAUGUGGGAGAGCCUCCAGGACUGGGCGGAGUGCCAUAUGCUGCCGCUCAGCCCGCCCAGCGCCUUCGACGCGACGCUGGCCGAGUACCUGGAGUGCCCGUACUUCGAGGGCCACGACGCGGGGGCGGGGGCGCAGGUGAUCACUGCGGUCGGCUUCUUCGUGCCGGAGGUGGCGACCGCCAUCGUGGUCGCCAUGUGUGCCCGCGGGGAGCGGAGAGCCGCUGCAGGGGCGCUGCUGGCGACCACCUGCUACCUGCGGCCCGGGGGGCUGGCCGCCGUGAAGCUUGCGGACCUGCUCCCGCCGGGGGCUUUCGCGGGCGAGGGCCGCGUUCACUGGGUGCUCCAGCUGAACAGGUUCGAGGAGGGGGAGCCGUUCAAGACGGGGCGCUUCGACGACUCGAUCGUGCUCGACGACCCGAGGUGCGCCGCUGUGCAG